AUGGAGAGCAUUAAAAUGCGACCACGUUUUGAUGGUCACGCAGCCAAUAGGCCUGCCAAGCCGCUCCUCCGUUCCUGGAUUAAUGGGGGCUCAUCAAGUUUGUGGCCCCUUGCCUUCAUCCAAUUGAAGAGAGACUCGCAUAGUGGUCUGCGGCCAUGGCAGUAUCGCUGGUGUGGCACUUGGCCUGAUUCUACAAGGGUCGAGGCGGUGCGACCGGGUAAGGGCCAAUGUGGGGAACGGCAACAGGUUGCUCCUGGCAAGAAACGUGCUCAAACUAGCGCAACAAGUGCAACAAUGGAAUUGAAGAUGAAAUCUAAUAUCUCGGACGUUAAUAACCGUGGAAAACGUAGAUAUAAAGACUACGAGAAAGUUGUUGAACUAGGUUCAAGCUUGGGAGGAUCAAGCAACUCCCGAGAUAUUGGUGUUCCGAACGGAAAGUUAGAGGACACCGCCAAGACCUGCAGACUAGCCGGUGUCUCUCAGUUUUCGCACGUGACCAUAUAUCACGUGAUCUUGAUGGGCGCGGGAACAGCCUGGUCAUUUGCCUGUGUGAUCGACGGCUGUGGGGACUAUAUGGCGGAAUGGCCUGAGAGUCUUUUCUGCUGUGCCUUGCAAACUCCAGUUGCAGCCAGAAUUUCAACUAAUAUCAAGAAGUUGUGCAUAGGUCUUGCACUACCAAGCCCUUGGUCCAUUGUUCUCCUGAAAUUCUUGACUGAUCCUGAUUUAACUGCUGGAUCGGACACCCCCAACAACACCGACAGGGUUAUGCACAAUUUCCAAGUCUUCAAAAUCCCCGCGAAUUCCUACUUCACUCGAGAUCAUGAGCCAGACUAUUACGUUGCUGAAUUCAAUCUUUCAAAAAGUGCGAGACAUACCAUGAAGCAACAUAGCCAUUCGACAUCGAGGCUAGAAGAGGCCGAGCGCAUAUGCAUGUCGCCGAACACGGAAUGGAGCAGUCAAUUAGGUGGUGAGAGGCGACCUAGGAAAAGGGUGAGAGGUGAAGGCCCACAUUCACCCUGUGUGGCUACAAUUAAUUCCAAGAGAAUAGAUUCUAAUAGCUGUAUGUCCACCGAAGGACAUGGGUUGAAGCAAUUAGUUUUGGAAAACAAUACAAUGACAUGCCUAGAAGCUCUAGCUACUCUAACGAUCUUUAGUAACUGCAAUCUCCAGUUACCAAGCCUUAGUUCAUCGAAACCGCCUUUCCUAGUGUGGGAAUACAAGCCAGCCUCACCCACCAUCGCAUCAUGUGAAAGAUUGUGUCAACAAAAAAAUGGAGAAGACCGGAGACCAUCCUAG